CUUUGCUUGUUUUACGCUUCCGACUGAGGGUCCGGGGGAUGUUAAGGGUUUUUGUGUCCAAAAAUGGCACGUUAUAGUUUGAUAUAGCCGAUCAAAUGGAAAUUACCUUAAAUUUAGGAUUGUAUUAAUGUUACCGUAUAUAUGCAAAGCGGCGGUCUCAGCGGUUUGAAGUGUGCACUUGCCGAAAGGGUUUCUGGUGUGUUAAAAUUCUGAGUGGACAACAGCCAGAGAUGGACUUUCCAGAAGACUUUAACCAGCUGGAACUUCUCGACACUCACGGUCACCUGAUUCCUCGAGGAGGCAGCGGCCUGUGGACCGAGAGCAAGGAUGAGGAGAAGGAGACGGACGAGGAGGACCACAGCGAGGAGUGGUAUUUAGCAAAAGAGGACGAGCUCGGAGACAGACCGGCCGAGCUGGUCCUGUGGGCCGCAGAGAACAAUCGGCUGCCAACGUUGCUGCGUCUGCUGGCGGCUGAUCCUCUGCUGGUGCACUGCCGCGACGAGGACAACUACACGCCCCUGCACCGUGCGGCGUACAACGGUCACGUCGAAGCAGCGUGCGCCUUACUCUCCCACGGCUCCGACAUCAACCCUCGAACCAUAGACGGCUGGACUCCCCUGCACAGCGCCUGCCGCUGGGGCCGCGCCGCUGUGGCGAGCUGUCUUCUGCAGAGCGGCGCAGACAUCAACGCUCAGACGAACGGCGGCCUUACCCCCUUACACCUGGCUGCUUCCUCAUUCAAACCAUCCUUCGCUCAAACGUUGGAGCUCCUCCUCUCAAAGCGCCACCUGAAGCCCAGGCUCCUCAGCAGCAGCGGGGAAACGGCCGCAGAAGUGGCCCGGCGCAGCGGCCCACAUUAUUUUCUGUUUGAGAUGGUAGAAGACUGCAUCAGUGUGAUACCACCUGCAGUGCCAACUUAAAUAUUUGCAGGUCUCAUGGAAUGAUAGCAUGAGAUGUGUUCUACCUUAUAAAAAAUAAACUGAUAUGAUCAAAGAUGAAUGUGGCUAAAAUACUCUAGAUUUUGAACUGUUUUAUUAAACUAUUGGUAUUUCAAAAGCAUCUUGAACUUGACUAUUAACCGCUCAAAUCGGUGUGGAAAUAGAAGAUGAGGCAAAGAAUCUUGGUUAAGUCUUGGUUCAGUUAAUAAUAAUGAAUUUAAUAAUAAUUUUUCAUUAUUAAUAAUAAUAAUGAAAAAGUCUUCCUUUAAAGUUUAAAGUCUCACUCCAAUCAUCUUUUGAUCUUUUUUAAAAGCCUUCUCAGUGGUCUUUUAAUUAUGAUCAUGCUGGUUUUAGCCAUAAGAAAAAAAAAACUGCCCAUUUGUGGCCCACGGAGUGUAGUUUGUGAGUCACGACAACACAUUUUUUUGAAACAGCAUUUUUCCAUCUGCUCCUGAUUCACAAUGAUUUAAAUAAAGAAAUGCACAGAA